GUGCUAAUUUGAUGGCUUAUAUCAUUGUUUGGCUGGCGACUCAACUUCAUGCCUUUAAUCCGCUCCUCACCGGCACCAGUCACCCACAUCAUCACCAACCAGCCUCGAGUUUGGGUUCCGAACGGUCACUCUGGUCCAUAGAUCUAUCCAGAGCUGAAUUCAUAGGAGAAUCGCCGAGUCUUACCAAGUACUAUGAAUUUCCAAUAGGGCCACGUCAAGAUCCAAUAUCGAGUGCCACAUCAUGGAAGCCUCUGAGCAAGAUCGGCACAGUCGGAGGUCCGGCAGUUCAGUUCAACCACACAGGAUCUCACCUGACUAACUGCAAGUAGUCACCCAACUCAAUCUUCCUCGUCAAAAUCAUUUUUGUAACAAGUAAUAGAUUCCAAUUGUAGGAAUUCUCCACGCCCAAGUGACGCGGAUCUAUUGGUUCUUUUGAAAU